CAGGUUGUCCGCCCGUUACCAAGAUGGCGGCAGAAGCAGCUGGUGGGAAAUACAGAAGCACAGUCAGCAAAAGCAAAGACCCCUCGGGGCUGCUCAUCUCUGUGAUCAGGACUCUGUCUACCAGUGAUGAUGUUGAAGACAGAGAAAAUGAGAAGGGUCGCCUUGAAGAAGCCUAUGAGAAAUGUGACCGUGACCUGGAUGAACUGAUUGUGCAGCACUAUACAGAACUGACGACAGCUAUUCGCACAUACCAGAGCAUCACAGAGCACAUCACCAACUCGCGAAACAAAAUAAAGCAGGUCAAAGAAAAUCUGCUUUCAUGCAAGAUGCUGUUACACUGCAAACGGGACGAGCUUCGGAAACUGUGGAUUGAAGGAAUUGAACAUAAGCAUGUCCUGAACCUACUGGAUGAGAUUGAGAAUAUCAAGCAGGUGCCUCAGAAGCUGGAACAGUGCAUGGUCAGCAAGCACUAUCUCAGUGCCACCGACAUGCUGGUGUCAGCAGUCCAGUCUUUGGAGGGCCCCCUGCUCCAGGUGGAAGGACUGAGUGACCUGAGGCUGGAGCUUCACAGCAAGAAGAUGAAUCUUCACUUGGUUCUCAUAGAUGAGCUGCACCGGCACCUGUACAUCAAGUCCACUAGCCGGGUUGUCCAGCGUAACAAGGAAAAAGGGAGAAUGAGCUCCCUUGUGAAAGAUGCUUCUCCUGUUCCUCUGAUUGAUGUUACAAACCUUCCUACGCCUCGAAAAUUUCUUGAUACCUCUCAGUAUUCAACUCCUGGGAGCUCAAGUGUGAGGGAGAUAAACCUACAGGACAUCAAGGAGGAUUUGGAACUGGAUCCAGAGGAGAACAGCACCCUUUUCAUGGGCAUCCUCAUCAAGGGGCUGGCCAAACUGAAGAAGAUCCCAGAGACAGUUAAGGCCAUCCAAGAACGCCUGGAGCAGGAGCUGCAGCAGAUUGUGAAGAGGUCCACAACCCAGGUGGCGGACAGCAGCUAUCAGAGAGGAGAGAACCUCACGGUGGAGAACCAACCAAGGUUACUUCUAGAACUGCUGGAGUUGCUGUUUGACAAGUUUAAUGCUGUAGCCACCGCACACUCUGUGGUCCUGGGAUACCUGCAGGACACUGUCGUGACUCCACUGCCUCAGCAGGAAGAUGUCAAAUUGUACGACAUGGCAGACGUGUGGGUGAAGAUCCAAGAUGUCCUCCAGAUGCUGCUGACUGAGUACUUGGACAUGAAGAAUACUCGUACGGCCUCUGAGACGUCGGCCCAGCUGAGUUACGCCAGCACCGGACGAGAGUUUGCAGCCUUCUUCGCCAAGAAGAAACCUCAAAGGCCAAAAAAUUCUCUUUUCAAGUUUGAAUCGUCGUCCCACGCCAUCAGCAUGAGCGCCUACCUGCGAGAGCAGCGGAGGGAGCUGUACAGUCGGAGUGGAGAGCUGCAAGGGGGUCCUGAUGACAAUUUAAUUGAAGGUGGAGGAACAAAAUUUGUCUGCAAACCUGGAGCCAGAAAUAUUACUGUCAUAUUCCACCCGUUACUAAGAUUUAUUCAGGAAGUUGAGCACGCCUUGGGACUUGGCCCAGCCAAGCAGUGUCCUCUUCGAGAGUUUCUCACCGUGUACAUCAAAAACAUCUUUCUCAAUCAAGUCUUGACUGAGAUCAACAAGGAGAUUGAAGGGGUCACAAAAACAUCCGACCCCCUGAAGAUCCUGGCGAAUGCGGACACCAUGAAGGUGCUGGGGCUGCAGCGGCCUCUUCUGCAGAGCACCAUCGUCAUGGAGAAGACAGUGCAAGACCUCAUGAAUCUGAUGCACGACCUGAGCGCGUACUCAGAUCAGUUCCUCAACAUGGUGUGCGUGAAGCUCCAGGAGUACAAGGACACCUGCACGGCGGCCUACAGGAGUAUUGCCCAAUCAGAAGAAAAACUUGUCAUCAGUGCAUCUUGGGCAAAAGAUGACGAUAUCAGCAGACUCCUGAAAUCUCUGCCAAACUGGAUUAAUAUGGCUCAACCCAAACAGCUGAGGCCAAAGCGAGAAGAUGAAGAAGAUUUCAUAAGGGCGGCCUUUGGCAAGGAGUCAGAAGUUCUCAUUGGGAACCUGGGGGAUAAAUUAAUCCCUCCACAAGACAUCCUGCGUGACGUCAGUGACCUCAAAGCCUUGGCCAACAUGCACGAAAGCCUGGAAUGGUUAGCGGGCCGGACAAAGUCAGCUUUCUCCAACCUUUCCACGGCUCAGAUGCUGUCUCCUGCUCAAGAUAGCCACAUGAACAUGGGUCUGCCCCCGGUGUCGGAGCAGAUCAUGCAGACCCUGAGCGAGCUCGCCAGGUCUUUCCAGGAGAUGGCCGACCGCUGCUUGCUGGUGCUGCACCUGGAAGUCAGGGUUCACUGUUUCCACUAUCUCAUCCCUCUUGCGAAGGAGGGGAACUACGCCAUUGUUGCUAACGUGGAAAGCAUGGAUUAUGACCCUCUGGUGGUCAAGCUGAACAAGGACAUCAGUGCCAUUGAAGAGGCCAUGAGUGCCAGCCUUCAGCAACACAAGUUCCAGUACAUAUUUGAAGGCCUAGGCCACCUGAUCUCCUGCAUCCUCAUUAACGGUGCCCAGUACUUCCGGCGCAUCAGUGAGUCUGGCAUCAAGAAAAUGUGCAGGAACAUCUUUGUCCUUCAGCAGAAUUUGACCAACAUCACCAUGUCGCGGGAGGCAGACCUGGACUUCGCACGGCAGUAUUACGAGAUGUUGUACAACACGGCUGACGAGCUCCUGAACCUGGUGGUGGACCAGGGCGUGAAGUACACGGAGCUGGAGUACAUCCACGCCCUGACCUUGCUGCACCGCAGUCAGACGGGGGUGGGCGACCAGACCACCCAGAACAUGCGGCUGCAGCGGCUCAAGGAGAUCAUCUGCGAGCAGGCGGCCAUCAAGCAGGCCACCAAGGACAAGAAGAUAACAACAGUCUGACGGGGCCCUGCGCGGGGUGGCGUGGGGAAUGGUUGCUUCUGUUCACUUCGCCAUCUUUCUCGCUUUCUUUGGGGUGUCAUUUGGUAUACUCUGAGCUGACUUCGUUUUUUUAAGCUGAUACUAUAGUGGAGAGAAGGUGUGAGGAUGUUUUUCUGUUUAGCUUUGGCUUUUUAUAUAAACUCUACAGGCAGUUUUCAGUACAGAAUGCUUUGAUUUAACAGCUACUUUUUAACGCAGUCGAUUCCAAGGGGACUCGGGUGGCACGGGGAGGAAGGCUGGGGAACUGGACCCUGAAAAAGAGGGAUGACGAAUGAUGAGUGCCCGGCCGUCUUCGGAAAGCCGGCUGCUGCCUGUGCACCUAAAACUGCUUCCUAGGUCCUCCAGGAGCGGGAGGUGUUCGCCGUGUGACCCUGUCGCUUCACAGCUCAGUGGAGUGGGCGCAUGUGCACUGCUCCUGCCAAGAUCCAACCGGCGGCUUCUCGGCCGGGUCGUCAGCAGACGUCCCUGACCAGAGCGGGACCUCUGCGGGCUGGGAGGAAAGUCCUUUAAUGUCCAUCCCUGGUCUGUUCCAUUUUUGGUUUUGUUUCGGCUCUUUCAAAACCAAGAGCCAUCAAAUUAAUGACCCAAAUGGCAGAAUGGAAGGUGAUUCCUCUGUCUUCUUGAUUUUCCCCCUGUACUUUCCAAGAGAAAAGAAUGGCGAGAGGACCCCCAUCUCGCUGGGAACAGGGCGUGUGAAUGAUUCUUAGCUGCUGUUCUCGCCCUGGGAAGUAGCCCAGGUCUGCUCAGCUAAGGGAGAUGGAGCGGCCCUCCUCCUCUGCCGUGUGCCCCCGAGCUCUCUGCCGUGUGCCCGCCAGCCGGUCCGCCUCAGGUGCUCUCAGGUGGUGGUACGUGCUCUCUGCUCCGGCACACGGC